GUGAGCUUUGACUUUGUAUCACAAGCUAAGAGAAGUAUCAAUCUUUCUGUUUUUAAGUUGUUUCGCAGCAAGUAAGCUGUGUACCUUGCAUCUUUGGGUACAUAUACCUGUUAAUAAGUACUCCAAAGUACUUUCAUUUCUGGAGUCAUUGACACCCACACCAUCAGCUUGCAAACACCAAUGCCCGCCCUAAUGUCAGAAGAAAAGAGCGCUGCUACCACUUCAACCACUUCGAGACAACGACCGGGGUCAGCAUGCGAAGAGUGUCGGCGAAGGAAACUAAGAUGCGACAGACAACCACAAUGUGGUAACUGCAUUGACGCCGGGGUCGUGUGUACCACCACAACUGUCCGACCUGCAAGAGGACCAAAGAAAGGACAUCUCAAAGCAUUGAAAGGAAGAAUAGCAACACUUGAGCGAUGUAUUAUGGAACAGCAAGGCGGUAUUGCUUUACCACUCAGUGACGAGUCACUGUCCCCGGAUAACACGCAACCCUGCAGUCCGGAUGGCGAAAAUAUAGACAAGUCGCUUGAAAGGAGAACAUCACUUGCAUCCAUAUCAUCGUCCAUUCAAGUCCCAUAUGUUAUUCCAGAGCUUGUGAAAGCUGACUUGGAUCAAUUAUAUUUCGAAAGAGUCCAUCCUCUAAUUCCUGUGAUACAGCGAGCUCGAUAUUUUACAUGGGCUAAGGGUGCUUCUAAAUCAGAUUCACGAAUUGCUUUACAAUAUGCCAUGUGGACAUUGGCAGCCUCUUUGUCGACACAUUGCCAAAGCAUCCGCGACUCUCUAUACGCUCACACCAAAAGGAUGCUCGAGAUCAUUGAGUCCAAGGAUAAUGAGAUGGACUUUUUUGACAUAGAGCAAGCUCAAGCAUGGCUGCUACUAGCCAUAUACCAAUUCAUGCGAAGUACUUAUCGAAAAGGUUGGCUUAGCGCUGGCCGCUUAUUCCGAUUGAUUCAGAUGAUGCGGCUAUAUGAGAUUGAUAGUCCAGGCGAGUUAGCUAACCAACUAAUGGAACCGGACUGGGUGGAAGUGGAGGAGAAAAGGCGGACGUUCUGGAUGGCGUACACCCUGGAUAGGUUCGCUAACAUUCGCAAAGGCUGGCCCAUUACACUAACGGAGCAUGUCUUGACUCGGCUUCCCAUGCCAGAGACUGAAUUUCAGAGCGGACAGCCCGUCAACAUGGGAUUUCUUUCAGAUGCGCUUUCUGGCAGUGACCUCAUGACCACUCCGCAAUCAUCCUUUUCGGAAUGCAUAAUGCUUGCUACCAUAUGCGGUCGCAGCUUGUCUCACCGACACCUAUCUAUGGUAGAUGGUGUAUAUGGAAGCAAUCCACAAGAAUUUUGGAGUCGACACGAAUGGAUUGACUCAGCUCUUGUGGCCAGAAUUUCCAUGUUGUCCUUGUCCUACCCUUUUCAGGCAGAGCAUAUGGAUCCGAUGCUUCUGUUCACCAAGAUGAUUGCACAAACGACAAUACUGUAUCUUCACAAGAUAAUUGAGUCUACAACAUGGGACUCGCCUGAAUACCACAGCUUUAUACUGGAAUAUGAGCAACGGUCCCGGAUGGCGGCAAAAGAAACGGUCGAACUUGCCAAGGAGCUGACACAGCUCAGUUACUUCAAGGUCCACCCCUUUACACCAAUCCCUCUCUGCAUUUGCGCCGAGUUUUUAAACUCUAGGGAUAGAGACGUCGAUCCAACCGUCAACGCGCAACUACAGGAGAUACUCAAUGCACUUCAAUAUUUAAAGAACGUUAACACUCUCGCAAACGAAAACCCUACACUACAUUUUUGGAUUGACUUGAAACAUGGAUAAUUUUGUUGUGGAUACUUCUAUCAAGGCUCAGGAUGUUCUUUUUAUGGAUGUAUGGUCUCAAGUUAUAUAGGACGAUAGUCCGCAAGGACAAGGCGAUGGGGCACCAGGCAAUCUACUACCUCAUUA